AUGGGAAAGCCCACAACCAGAAAGAGGGCUCAGAUCGGGUCGAAGCUCAACCUAGACGGGCACCCGACCCCCCGCAAGGCAGCCUUCGACAAGGACACAGCCGUCUUCAUCGCCAUGUCCCAGGAGCUGAAGGAAGAGGCCAACAAGCUGUACCAGAGGCGAGACCACGAGGGCGCCAUGCUCAAGUACGAGAAGGCUCUCAAUCUCCUGCCUCCCAACCACAUCGAUGCAGCUGCUCUCCGGACCAACAUGGCCUUGUGCUACAUGCAGAUGGGCCUAGCCGAGUACCCCCGGGCCGUGAGCGAGUGCAACCUGGCCCUCCAGGUGGCCCCCAAGUUCAGCAAGGCCCUCCUGACACGGGCCAGAUGUUACGAGGCCCUGAAUCAGCUUGCAGAGGCCUACAGGGAUGUCAGCAGUGUGCUGGCCAUGGAGCCCAACAACACGGUCGCUCUGGAGAUUGACGAGCGUGCGGCUGAAAGGGCCACGAGCCUGAGCUGCCAGAUUUACUUCCUGUGGGGCACGAUUCUGUACGAGCGGUCGGUCGUGGAGUACAAGCUGAGCCUGCCAACCUGGGAGGAGUGUUUGGAGGUUGCGAUUGAGAAAUUCGAGCUUGCGGGGGCUUCAUCGACGGAUAUUGCUGUCAUGAUCAAGAACCACUACUCGAACGAGACUGCUUUAGAAGGGUUCAAAGUGGAUGAGAUAGUUCAUGCUUGGAGUGAGAUGUAUAAUGCUGACAGUAGUGGUGUGUGGUUUUGCAUCAGAAUUACUCUGGUGUUUGGUUUUGCCUCCAGACCAGAUUGUUUAGGUUCUUCGUAUUUUUUCAUCAGCCGUUUUGCUUUUGCUCGUGAAGCAAAGGAGUGA